AUGUCAAGAAUUACUUGUAUUUUUGUUUUUUGUGUCUACCUCGUUAUUGUUGCAGCCGAUCCUGACAGACCAGGUAAAUAUUUGAAACAUGAUCGAACAGUAAUCAACUGUGCUCGAUACAAGAGAGAAGCCAAUCAACAUCAAUGUGUGCUCUCACCGUUCAAUGACGAAGGCCCUUAUUUCCUACCCGAUGAUCUUCAACGAUCUGACAUCACUGAUGGUCAAAAUGGUGUUAAAUAUAAUCUAACGAUCGCUUUAGUCAAUUCAAACGAUUGCUCUCCUUUAGAGAACAUGUUCGUUCAUAUUUGGCACGCUAGCGCUAUUGGUAAGUAUUCCGGUGUUCGAAGCAUUGGUCCUGGUCCUGGUCCUAGGCCACAAGGUCCUGGAAAUUCGACGGAACACGAUUUUGGAGGGCUUGAUGAACCGAAGCAAACUGGAAAAGGCAGUGAAGGCCGUGGACUAAGGCCCCCACAGGAAGGUAGAGAUUACAAUAAGCCUCGACCUAAACCAGUCAGUGAUGAACGGUUCCUUCGAGGUUAUCAAGUAACUGACCAAAAUGGAUUGGUAAACUUCAACACUAUUCUUCCAGGUUGGUAUGCUGGUCGAGCUACUCAUAUUCACAUUGAAGUUUAUCCCCGAAACACAACUGAACGCAGUGCCAUCUCAUAUGUUGGCCAAAUCUUCUUCCGAGAAGAUCUACCAGAAUUACUCAAACUAGUAGAACCAUAUUCAGAGAAUUCAAAUCGUAUCACUCUAAAUGAAGAUGAUGGUACCUACGUUUAUGGUCAUGGUAAUGAGACUACUAUUCAACUUGAAGCUGUCGAUUCAUCAUCAUACAAAAGUACCAUGAUAUUCGGUAUCGAUCCUGAUGCUCACACUAAAUCCCAAGUUUGA